AUUCUAGUCUCCUGGCGGACUAAUACCGUUCUAGGGUUUGUGGAUUCUCUCCUGGGAGCUAUGGCGGCAAUGGUGGAGGAGCCGCUCUAUCCGAUCGCAGUGCUCAUCGACGAGCUCAAGAACGACGACGUCCAGCUCCGGAUCAACUCGGUGCGCCGGCUGUCCACCAUCGCUAGGGCUCUGGGCGAGGAUCGGACGCGGCGGGAGCUGAUCCCCUUCCUCGCCGACGGCAGCGACGACGAUGAAGAGGUUCUUCUUGCCAUGGCCGAGGAGCUGGGGAAUCUUGUCCCCUACGUUGGGGGCGUGGAGUACGCGCAUUCUCUGCUACCCCCGCUGGAGGCGCUGUGCGAUGUGGAGGAGAGCGCGGUGAGGGAGAAGGCGGUGGCGUCGCUGUGCAAGAUCGCCAGUGUGAUGAACGAGCGCGAUCUUGUGGAAUGGUUUGCUCCGGUUGUCAAGAGGCUCGCGGCUGGAGAAUGGUUCACGGCUAGAGUGUCGGUGUGUGGACUGCUACACAUUGUCUACCCGAGCGCUCCGGAGCUUCUCCGAGCGGAAUUGAGAACCAUCUACAACCAACUAAGUCACGACGAUAUGCCUUUGGUGAGAAGGGCCGCCAUCUCCAACCUCGGGAAGUUUGCUGCUACCAUCGAGCCUGCGUUUCUAAAGACCGAUAUCAUGGCUGUCUUUCGGGACCUUACACAGGAUGAGCAGGAUUCGGUCAGGCUUCUAGCUGUUGAAGGCUGUGCUGCGCUUGGAAGGUUGCUACAAACAAGCGACUGCAUUGCCUGUGUGUUGCCGCUCAUACUAAAUUUCUCACAAGUAUGUCUCAUUCUUUUAUUGUUCCUGUUGCUGAUGCGGUGCGUGUUUCUACAGGACAAGUCCUGGCGGGUACGUUAUAUGGUUGCUAAUCAACUAUAUGAACUCUGUGAAACUGUUGGACCGGAAUGUACUAGGGUUGAUCUGGUCCCUGCCUAUGUGCGACUUCUAAGAGAUAACGAAGCGGAAGUCAGAAUAGCAGCAGCCGACAAAGUGACCAAGUUUUGUGAGAUAGUCCAGCCCGAGAUUGCCAUGCAAAGCAUUCUUCCAUGUGUAAAGGAACUUUCUCUAGACUCGUCACAACAUGUUCGUGCGGCUUUGGCUUCUGUAAUAAUGGGCAUGGCACCGGUUCUUGGAAAAGACGCGACAAUCGAACAGCUUUUACCAAUAUUUUUGGCCCUUUUGAAGGAUGAAUUCCCUGACGUUAGGCUCAACAUCAUAAGCAAGCUGGAUCAAGUCAACAAGGUUAUUGGUAUUGACUUGUUAUCGCAAUCGCUCCUACCCGCGAUUGUGGAACUGGCUGAAGACAAACACUGGCGGGUGCGGCUGGCUAUUAUUGAGUACAUUCCACUCCUUGCGAGCCAACUAGGAGUGGAAUUCUUUGAUGACAAGCUUGGUGCCUUGUGUAUGCAUUGGCUUGGAGAUCAGGUGUGUUCUAUCAGGGAAGCUGCCGCAAACAACCUGAAGAGGCUGACCGAAGAGUUUGGCACAGAAUGGGCUUGCAGACAUAUUAUUCCACAGGUGUUGGAGAUGAUUAACAAUCCUCACUAUUUAUACCGGCUGACGAUACUGUAUGCCAUUUCUUUGUUCGCCCCUGUUGUUGGCUCCGAAGUGACAUGCCAGAUGAUGCUACCAGUCGUGAUCAACGCUGCAAAAGACAGGAUUCCAAACGUGAAGUUCAACGUGGCGAAGAUCCUACAAUCGUUUAUCCCGAUCGUUGGCAGCGAGGUUGUUGAGCAGUCGAUUCGCCCAUGCUUGGUGGAGUUGAGCGAAGAUCCGGACGUGGACGUGAGAUACUUCGCGAACCAAGCGCUGCAGAGCUGUGAGCAAGCAAUGUCGAUGUGAUGGAAAGAACACCUCUGAUCUUACUUUGAUGAUAGAUACUUUUCUGAGGUGCUGGUAGAUUAUACAAGCUUACAUCAACACACGGUAUGUAUAGCGAGUUUUAUCAAAAUCGCG